AAGACAAGGAUCUUACUGUUGCAAUUGCUGAGAGCAGAGUCAGAACCAUGCCAGCAAAGGCUCCAAUUAAAAAAUCCCCUGCAGCUAAGGCUGCUCCAGCUAAGCCACAGGCAGCUCCUGUACCUGUACCUGAGCCAGUAGAGGAAGUCCCUACUCCUGUGCCAGAAGCCCCUGCUCCUAUUCCUGAGCCUGUUGAGAAUACCGUUCAAGAGGCACCUGCACCACCCACAGAACCCCCAGCACCAGAGGCAGAAGUUUCUGUCCCAGCACCAGAAACACCUACACCAGCUGCAGAACCAGAAAAGGCUCCUGAAGUAGUUGAACCACCCCCACCUGAACCAAAAGAAGGUCAAGAAUGGAUUGCUGUGAACAAAGAGCCAAGUGUUUCAACUCGAUACAAAAUUCAGAAUUUGAAUACUGGUGAUAAGAUAACUGUUUGUGUUAAAGCAGUUAGCAAAGCAGGAAGCAGUGCUCCAAGAGCACUUGAAAAUUUUGUUCAAAUUCGAGAAAUUGUGGAUCGUCCCAAAAUCCGUCUUCCAAGGUAUUUGCGUCAAACAUUUGUGAAACAUGUAGGAGAAGCAGUGAAUCUAGUGAUCCCGUUCCAGGGUAAGCCAAGACCCCAGGUCAACUGGACUAAAAAUGGACAGCCUCUGGACCCUAAGCAUGCAAGCGUCCGAAACAGUGAGAGUGACACUAUUCUUUUUAUCCGAAAUGCUGAGCGUAAAGAUUCUGGAACAUAUGAAUUGACUGUACAAAUUGACACACUGGAGGAUAAGGCCAAGAUUGAGAUAAAAAUUGCUGAGCGCCCUGGGCCACCAAAAAGUAUUAAGCUUCUGGAUGUUUGGGGAUUUAAUGCAGCUUUGGAGUGGACUCCACCACUAGAUGAUGGAAAUUCAGAUAUUACAGGAUACACUGUGCAAAAAGCAGACAAGAAAACUGGGGAAUGGUUUACUGUACAGGAGCAUUAUCGCCAGACUAACUGCACUGUUUCAGACCUGAUCAUGGGAAAUUCUUAUUACUUCAGAGUAUUUUCUGAAAACUUGUGUGGACUAAGUGAAAAGGCUGCAGUAAUUAAAGAUGCUGCUGUUAUUAAGAAAACAGGAAUCACUUAUAAGCCCCCAGAGUACAAGGAACGAGAUUUUGCAGAGCCACCAAAAUUUACCCAGCCGCUUGCUAAUAGAGCAACAACAACUGGAUAUAGCACUAAACUGUUCUGUUGUGUCCGUGGAAGCCCAAAGCCUAGAAUUGUGUGGCUAAAGAAUCAAAUGGAAAUUAGAGAGGACCCUAAAUUUCGGUGCCUUGUUAAUCAGGGAGUCUGCUCUCUUGAAAUUCGCAAGCCCUGUCCUUUUGAUGGUGGAGUUUACACCUGUAAAGCAAUCAACUCAUUAGGGGAAGCAAGUGUAGAUUGCAGGCUGGAUGUUAGAGUGCCACAGUAAACAGGACAUAAAUAACAAAUAGAAGAUUGCUGAAUGAAAUUAAUGAAGGCACAAAAUAACAUACAGUUUACUCAACACAAAUGAUGUCCUGUAUUUAUUGUAUUUCAUAUGACUUAUAAUAAAGAAUUUAUUCAGCACAUAUUUUGUGUAUUGUAUACAUCUUUAGAUAGUUUUACGGUUUACCAAGCCCUUUCUUAACAAAAAACAGGAGAAUGCUCGGUUCGAAGAAAAUAUCCAGUUAAUAUAUUUUCUUCUUUAAUCUUUUCUUUAUUUUUUUCUAUAAUCCCUUCUAUACCAGUACAAAUAUAAAAGCCCAGAUACUCAGCCAAGCAUAAAGAAUGUAAAGAAGGUUUUUGUUUGAUGCAGAAAGAUGAUAUGAUCUCUCUUUUGGGCACAUUUUGUGUAUAUCAUGAUAAGAACUUCUCUUUUGUGGAUUAGCCAUUCUUCUAUUCUUAUUUCAAGCACUGAAACAAGAUUUGCCCCAUAUUACAAGAUACACUAUUUAAAGGACAAGGAAAGUGAAAUUUGUAUUACUUAUUGAUGUGUAGGACAGACACCUUGACCCGAUAACCAUGUUGUUUUCUUAACAAUUGUAUUUAUUGUUUCAAAAUUUUACAAACAAAUCAUUAUAAAACACUACCCUUGUAAA